CACUAAGACAUGAUGAAUUUAAUCUAAUUAGUGAAGUUGUUUUAGUGUGAAAAUAUUAGCAUAUUCUCCAUACACUGUAUGCUGUCUUUAUUAUCUCACCAUAGUGCUAAUUAGGAAAUAUGUAUCCAGACUCUUUCGAUAUAAAGUCGGCAAUUCAGGUCGGAAUGUAAAUGUUAUAUCAGCGUCCUGGUGACGUCUUCUCACGUGGUCGCUGGAUCCCUUGAAUUCAGAUGCGACAAUCUGGACACCGAUAUCUGGACAGCAUGGACAGUAACCUAACUUCCUGGAUAAACGAUUACAAUCGUCUUUUUAAAGAACUGGAAGGAAGAAGUUCUGAAACUGUUUAUGUUGAAUUCCUUUGUUGGCUAACCAUUGUUCUGAUUGCUUUACUUGGGAACGGUUUUACCCUGAAAAUCAUCCUCUUCAGUGCGAAUCUAAAAAGUUCUUCAAAUUACCUCAUAGCGUCCCUAGCAGCAGCAGACCUUGGACAGAAUAUUUUUAGUGCUUCUUUAGCUCCGAGUGUGAUUCUAUUGUCGAAGUGGCCCUUCAGCAAUGCUAUUUGUGAUUAUCAAGGAGUCUCCGCUCUUGUGUUCGCUUGUGCUUCGGUACUUAACAUCYCUCUUAUGGCAGUCAACCGGUAUGUCCGAGUGGUCAAGUCAUCUAGUUAUAAAACCCACUUUAGUUUGCGUCGAACAGUUGUGUAUUUAUGUGGAGUUUGGCUUCUUUCUCUCGUGGGACCACUGUCGUAUUUAGCAUUAGGUGAACAUUAUUCCUUUCACCCAGGGAAAUAUUUCUGCUAUAUUAAAGUUGACGAUUAUUUAUUUCUCGCCUUAGUGGUGACAUUAUACAUCGCAAUUCCUUCAAAUAUCAUAAUCMUCUGRUACUACAAAGUCUAUAAGACAAUAAGACACCAUAACCAAUCGAUGAAGAAYUGGGGAAGGUCAUCCCAGAAUAUCACUUCCCAGGAAAUUAACGUCACCAAAACACUUUURCUGAUCGUUGUCAUGUUCAUGGUAUGCUGGURUCCCAUUUUUGUCAUGGACAUUAUUGACGUGGUGCAUUUGAGAUGGUCACUACCAAGACAAGCUUAUGUCGCUUACACUUCCUUCGCUGGAGCGAGCUGUUGCAUCAACCCUGUAUUAUAUGGGAUCAUGAAUCCUACAUUUAGGYAAGAAUAUUUGAAGAUUCUCUGCAGGCAUAGAAGAUGUAUGGGYAGGCCACAAGUGGUAAGGGARGRUUCCAACARCGGCGGGCARAGGGAUAGAAACGAAGAGCAAGCAGAAGAGAGAAACUAGAUAUAACCACAAUAUSACUGAUAUUUGCGUGUUUUAUUGUUUUGAAUGCUUUUUAAUGCUAAAAGGUAGAGAAAUUGGAACUCAAAUUUUAGGUAUUUUAAUAAUCUUAAAAGAUGUCUAUCCUUUUCUCUUCCCUAUGAAAAAAAGAAAGUGCAAAUGUGGAGGGGUUUCCAUGCAUGCACGUGCAGCCAAGAAGGACUUACGCUGUUUUCUGAAAACGGAAAAUCGCACUAGUUUUGGAGAAAGUAUGGGCGGUUAGACUUAAACCAUUUUAUUCUGCUUUGAGUGUUCAUUAAUAUUUUAGAAGGGAUUAUCAUCCCGAGUGCUAGCGGGAUAAGAAAAAUAUGUAGUCUCGUUCGCCCAAACCCCCUCAGUAGCUAAUUUUUAAGUUUUAAUUUGUUGACAUUGAAUAACACCUUAAUAUUGGUUUGUAAUAGUGGUGAAUUUUCUCAAUGUUUCUGCGUAUUUUAACACCUAAGUUGGUAAUUUUAUUUUAAUAACGAAUUCACAUCUGAAUCAAAUAAUUGGUAGAAGAUUUGCCACCUGCGUAGAUGCUGCUUAAAAAAACCUUCAAUCUAACAUUAACAUUCAAGUUGGACGUCAGUUUUUUUUUCUUUUUCACUAUCAAUUCGUAAGGGCAGAUUUGUAUAGGAAAUCGCACGACCUUGAGUACAAUUUGGAAUUAAUA